AUGGUUUUCACUUGUAAUACUUGUAAUUUACAAUUUAAUAAUGCUGAUGAUCAAAGAAGUCAUAUGAAAUCAGAAUGGCAUAGAUAUAAUUUAAAAAGAAGAGUUGCUCAAUUACCUCCUAUAAAUGAAGAAAUGUUUAAUGAAAAAGUUGCAAAUGCAAGUGUACAAGAUGCUGCAAAAGAAACAACUAAACAAGAAACAAAGAAAGACCAAAGAAGAAAACAGAAGGAAGAAAUAUUGAAACAAAAGAGAGCUAUAUUAGAACAAGCUAAGAAAGCAAUGUUAAAAGAACAAGAAAAUCUAGCUGAAGAGCCCAAGGCAGAUCAAGAAAUUCAAAAUAUAACAAAACAAGUUGAAUGUUUGGAGUUAACUCCAGAACAAGAAGAGGAGAAGUUACUUAAAGAGAAAUUAUCAAAUAAGACUGAAAUUCCACCAACAACUUGUCUUUUCGCUCAUCGUAAAUAUAAUCACAAUUUUCAAUCAAUAGAUGAGAAUAUAGAUCAUAUGUUUAAAUCUCAUGGUUUAUAUAUCCCUGAACCAAAUUAUUUAGUUGAUAAAACAGGAUUAAUUGAAUAUUUAGCUGAAAAAAUUGGUUUUGGAUUUUGUAUUGCUUGUAAUUAUCAAGGUAGAAAUACUGACGCUGCAAGAGAACAUAUGUUAAAUAAAAGACAUAUGAGAAUACCUUAUGAAACAGAAGAUGAAAAAUUAGAAAUAUCGAAAUUCUAUGAUUUUUCAUCAACUUAUAAUGAUGAGGAAGAAGAAGGUGAUGAAGUAGAUUGGGAAGAUGUAGAAGAAGGUGAAGAAGUAGAUUCUGAAGAAGAUUUACCACCAGUUGAAAAAGAUGCUAUUUUACAAGAUGGCGAUGAUUUAAUCUUACCUUCUGGUGCUAUUGUUGGGCAUAGAUCAAAUGCAAGAUAUUAUAGACAAAAUUUACCACCUGAUAGAAUAUUAACUGAAGGUCAAGGAACAGUAAUAGCUGCAGAAACAAGACAUAUGUUAACAUUAAAAGAUAGAAAAGAAAUAGCUGAACAAAAGAGAACAUGGAAGAAAUCUAAAAAAAUGGAAGAUUUAAAUGAUAGAAGAGCUGCUAAAUUUAUAAAUAAUCAACCACAUUAUAGAGAUCAAUUAUUACAAUAA